CUCUACACGACUUUGCAAACCCACAAAAUCUCGACAAGAUGGGCGCACUCAACCUGGCUGAAUGGCAGAAGCUGCCAAUCUCGCUCUCCGAACUUUGUAUCAACACCACACUCCGCUGUGGCCAGUCCUUCCGAUGGCGCAAGAACGAUCUCGGCGUCUGGUCUAUCGCGCUACACAAUCGCAUCCUGUCUCUACACCAAGAUAAAGAGUACUUAUACUACCGCUCAAUACCGCCAUCGCCGCAAAGUAUCAAGAUUGAGGCGCCCCCAACACCGCCCUCUUCCAACCCGCCAAGCCUGCCCGAAGGUGGCGAGAAAGACGAAGUGGAAACUCUCGACCUCAUCAAACACUACCUGAAUCUGGAGCCUAAUCUCACAGACCUCUACAAAGAAUGGUCUUCCAACGAUGCGAACUUCGCCCGUCGAGCGCCCGCUUUCACAGGAAUUCGGAUCCUCAAACAAGAUGCCUGGGAAGCACUCGUAGGCUUCAUCUGCUCAUCCAACAACAACAUCAUCCGCAUCUCCCAAAUGGUCCACAAACUCUGCUCCAACUACGGUCCCCUCCUCGGCCACCUCGAAGACGAACCCUACCACGACUUCCCCACACCCCAAGCACUUUCCGUUCCAGGCGUAGAACAAACACUCCGAAACCUCGGCUUCGGCUAUAGAGCAAAAUACAUCGCAACCACAGCACGCCUAAUCACAGAAAAAGACGACCCAGAUUGGCUCGACUCAUUACGGAAUCCUGAAUCUCCCGUUUUAGGCGUCUCACCAUCUCCAGCAGGUCCUUUCCUCCCAGAAGGUCGCGAAGGCUAUCGCGCUGCGCACGAAGCGCUUUUGACUCUGCAAGGUGUCGGACCUAAAGUUGCAGACUGCGUAUGUCUCAUGGGACUUGGCUGGGGAGAAGCUGUACCUGUUGAUACUCAUGUCUGGCAAAUUGCGCAACGGGAUUAUAAGUUUGGGAAAGGCAAACAUGCGAGUCUGACAAAGGUCACCUAUGAUGCGAUUGGAGCGAAGUUUAGGAGUUUGUGGGGGAAAGAGGCGGGUUGGGCACAGUCGAUUCUGUUUACGGCGAAUUUGAAGGCUUUUAGUGAGAGGGUUGUGGGGGUGAAGAAGGAGGAAGGUGUGGUGAAGGAAGAGGAGGGCGAGGGUGGAGAGGAUGCAACGAGAAGAGUGGUGAAAACGGAGAAGCUGAUCAAGCGGGAGUAUGUGGACGAUGAGGAGAGUAAGGUGUUCGAAGUGGAGGAGAAGAGCACAAGGGCGAAGCGAAAGAGGAGAAAUUGAGCGCCACGCUGAAAGUGGUACUUGAUUAAUGCUCAAGAGCAGCUUGCAUACUCCAUUGAACCGCCUAUGAUCAUACCAGUAACGCCAAACGC